UUCCCGGGCCGCCCAGCUCCGGGCCCCGCCGCCGCGUGCUCCCGCGCCGCCACCCCCGGUCCCGCCGCGCCGCAGGGGGCGCUCUCCCCCGGCCAUGGCCCCGCCCCUCCGCCCCUGACGCCGGCGUACGGCUGCGGCGGCGCCCGGUGGGCUGAAGAGGCGGAAGUGGGAAGCGCGGCGAUGGCGGCGGCGGGCAUGGGGCAGCAGUGGGUGUUGGUGGAGAUGGUGCAGGCCUUCUACGAGGCUCCUGCUUACCAUCUCAUUUUAGAAGGAAUUCUGAUUCUAUGGAUAAUCAGACUUCUUUUCUCCAAGACGUACAAGCUUCAAGAGCGCUCUGAUUUAACACCUAAGGAAAAAGAAGAGUUGAUAGAAGAAUGGCAGCCAGAGCCUCUUGUACCUCCCGUGCCAAAAGAUCACCCAGCUCUCAACUACAACAUUGUCUCAGGUCCGCCUACCCAUAUAAUCACUGUUAAUGGCAAGGAAUGUAUAAACUUUGCAUCAUUUAACUUUCUUGGACUUUUGGAUAAUGAAAAGGUUAAGACUGCAGCCCAGGCAUCUCUGAAGAAAUACGGUGUUGGCACUUGUGGACCUAGAGGAUUCUAUGGUACUUUUGAUGUGCACUUAGAAUUAGAAGAACGACUAGCAAAAUUCAUGAGGACAGAGGAAGCUAUUUUAUACUCUUAUGGAUUUGCAACAAUUGCCAGUGCUAUUCCUGCAUAUUCAAAAAGAGGGGACAUUGUGUUUGUAGAUGAAGCUGCCUGCUUUGCUAUUCAGAAGGGAUUACAAGCAUCUCGUAGUAACAUCAAGUUAUUUAAGCAUAAUGAUAUGGCUGACCUUGAGCGACUGUUGAAAGAACAAGAGACUGAAGAUCAAAAGAAUCCUCGCAAGGCCCGUGUAACUCGAAGGUUUAUUGUAGUGGAAGGAUUGUAUAUGAACACAGGAGACAUUUGUCCUCUUCCAGAGUUGAUAAAAUUGAAGUAUAAAUACAAAGUUAGAAUAUUUUUGGAGGAAAGCCUUUCCUUUGGAGUCCUUGGAGAACAUGGUAGAGGAAUUACUGAACACUUUGGAAUAAAUAUUGAUGAUAUAGAUCUUAUUAGUGCAAACAUGGAAAAUUCACUGGCUUCUAUUGGAGGAUUUUGCUGUGGAAGAUCUUUUAUUAUUGACCAUCAGCGAUUGUCUGGUCAAGGCUACUGCUUCUCUGCAUCCCUACCUCCUUUGUUAGCUGCAGCUGCUAUUGAGGCUCUGAAUAUUAUGGAAGAUAAUCCAGACAUUUUUCAGACUCUCCGGGCUAAAUGUGAACGAAUUCACAAAGCUUUACAGGGGAUUUCUGGCUUAAAAGUAGUGGGAGAAUCUUUUUCACCAGCAUUGCACCUACAGUUGGAAGAAAGCUGUGGAUCUCGGGAAAAUGAUGUGAAGUUACUCAAAAGAGUUGUGGAUUAUUGCAUGAAUAGUGGUAUUGCAUUAACUCAGGCCUGCUAUCUGGAAAAAGAAGAAAAAUGUCUUCCUCCACCCAGUAUUCGAGUAGUGAUAACAGUGGAACAAACAGAACAAGAACUGGACAAAGCUGCAUCACUUAUUAAGGAAGCUGCACAGUCUGUAUUGAAUUAGACUGCUGGAUUGCAUUCCUCUUUCCCCAGCUUAUCAGGUUGUAUUUUACACUGUGUAGUGACUUCCAAGUUCUGCCACUGAUGGCAUUGAAACCUGUCUGAGUAACAAGAUAGUUCCAGAACAGUACAAAUGCAGUGAGGGGAAGAAUGCUGAAUUUUGGAACCUGUGAAUGACACAGUGUACUUGCAAUUCAAACUCUACCACUUACCAGCGUUCUUUCAAAUGAGAUAUCACUGUUGCCUACAUGACUCUUUCAUAAGUUGCAUCUAAGAAGUUUUCAGUUAAUUUCUUCAAAUGUUUAAACAUUUUCAAAAAUGUGUAUGAACAUUGUUUUCCUCCAAAACAUCUAAAAUGUCUCAUUUUCUCUACAUAUCCUUAGAAUUUAGGAACUUCAAACAAGUUUCCAGGAAAUCCCACACACCGCCCCUAACGAUAGGCUGUUCCUAAUACUGUCAAAAGGGAGAAUAUAACACUUUAAGAGAUAAUUUUGUGCUAUAUUAUGUCAUUUAUUAUCGUAUUAUAGGAGGAACUUAAAUUCUUUUUUUGUUUAUAUCUUUAACCAUUUCUGGAAGCCAGUUUUUAAGAAUGCCUAGCCAGAGAAUUCCAUUGUCUAAAUGGUAAAUCCAUAUUAAAUACUACUUGCUUCCUGCAUUUCAUAUAUAAUUAUAUGCAUGUUUGAUAUUAUGGGUGAGGUUUUUCAUAUGAUUAACUUUAAAACAUCUAAACUGAAAACUCUAAAUUGUGAAAUUGGUGUAAUUCCAUUAUAGUGUGUUCAGUCAGGCAGACUUUGCACUACUCUUGAAGAGGAGUCAUAAGCAACAUGAAGAAUGAACAAAGAUUUUGAAACAACUCUGUACUAGUUUAGUCAAACUACUUUGAAGCACUAUAAUGGUAUGUGCUACACUUUAUUUCUGAGCAGCUAUACCUUGGAGGGAAAGAUGGGUAACUAAUAAGAGUUUAGAUUGUAGAAAGAUUACUGAAACACAACUCAAUACAUGCAUAUAAAAUCCCUAGCUAAUUGGAUAGUAAUAUAUGGAGGUUAUGCUGUCCAGAUUUUCAGGAAGCACAGGUGGACGUUACACAGAUGGACACAUUACACCAAUGAGAGGAAACUGGUAAGGAAGGAUGACAGUAGGCUGUACCUUCUUAUAGAAUAAAAAUGAUAGCUAUGUAGUUCAGGGUUUUGCUUUAAGAAUGCCUGUUGAAAGAUUUUAUAUUCUGCCUGAUCUGUAUUCUGGGUUGUUUUGUACUUAUGUGCCCUUUUGGUUGCUGCUACAAGACUAUUUUUGAGGAACAUCUCUGUUUAAAUAAAAAGUUAAUCAUGUUUGAUUCAGAUUUUUACUUAUAAUUAGAUUUUGUACCAUGAUCAACUGUAUUUUGUUGAAUAUUCUGUGUCAGAUAUGCACAGUCUGUGUUGCCUCCUUCAGUUCAUAAUGAUUUUCUGUACAUUGGCUUUCAAAACUUCUCAGCUGCAUGCACUCAGGUGAACCACCUAAAGCUGUGUUGGUGCACCUUUGUGACUGUUGCUUGACUAUUUGAAAUAGUCAAAUCAUUAUCUGCUGUGCAACGCAGAGGAACAGUAAUCCCAAUGUGAAAGAGUAUGCCUAUUUCACUGACAUUUAUGUUUUCUCUAUUAACUCUGAGUAAAAGCCUGUGAGAAGCCAACAAUUCCAAAGAGUAAAAACACGGGGAAGGAAGCUGAUUCCCAUUUUACAGACUGGAACUGAAGUGCAGAACAAUCAACCCUCUCAAGAACAUCACAAAUUAAGAGAAAUGGAAAUUAAAACCUAUGGCUAUACUUUGAGCUUGUAAGCCAUUUUUGGUUUGAUAAUAUAAACCUGAGUAUUCAAGUAAACUCAAGCCUUUGAUGUGUAAGAUGGGAACAAAUUAGGUACUUUGAUUCCAAUGCAGCAUAAUAAAUGGUUUUGGAGUUCAAGGUAAACCAGUGAAGGUAAGCAAAUCACUAGUUAGCAUUGAAAUACUAGGUUGCAGGAUCUAUAUUCAUUUCUUGGUGGGUUUUUAUUUGGGGUUUUCUGGGGUUGGAGUUUUUUUUUUGGUGUUUUUUAAGGUGCUUGCAAUGGGAGGGACUUUCUUGUUGCAUUUUUGAGAAUUAGCAACAAUCUUUAGAUACAGGGGUUUGUUUUGUUGGUUUUGGUUUUUUUUUCACUUUAAAGUGAAGUGAUAAUAUCUAAAUUGGCAGGAAGCAGAGUGGAAUUUCUGGCAAUUUCGAAGCUCUGACUAAGUGGUUCUGAUGAAACUAAAGUUCAGGUAUGUUGCUGAGAGAUACUAUUAUCCGAUUCAUUUGGCAAACACAUACCCAGCAUUAAACCAUUGGAAAAAUGGCCUUUGUCCAUUUUUGUUGUCCACAAGUGUAUAGAAAAGCAGCAUUUAGAUCACACUAAAGUGAACACCUUCUGAUUGAUAGCAACUGAAGUACUGUUAUAACGUGUGUUUUACUGGCAAAUUAUAUAUGCGGCUCUGUGAGAAAUUAAGACACUUAUGAGAUGUAGCUGAUGGAGAAAUAUAUCCCUGGUCAGUUUAACCAUGCCUGGCCCUCUUCUUUUUUGCUUUUCUAAUAAAUGUCUCUGACAUGGCAAGCAGAUGAAUGGAAGUAUGGCUCUGGGGGGAAAAAAAGUUGGGGUUAUGGAGACACACAGCACAUGUUCUGGUUAAACUUUUGGCAUUAAAAAAUAAGAAGCCUAUUAGGAUGCUGAAGUUCUCAGUGCUCUAGGGUGAUAAGUAUAUGAUCAGGCCUGUUUUAAUUGCUUUGUAGUUACAUUUGGAUAAAGAGGGACUUUUUCAUCCAUUUCUUCUGAUGUGGGAGUGAAGCUGGGGUCUUAGUAAAUAAAUGGAAAGCUAUUUAGCAGGAUGCUUUGAGGUGAAUCAAACACAUAAGGGCAUUAUCCCGUAUUUCAGAGUUUCUAUUGAAAAUAUGUAUCUGUAUUCUUAAUUUUAAUUCAACUAAAUUAUGUAUUUAUUCUGCCAAGUACUUGGAACAGAAUUUCAGCUAAGUGGAAGCAUCAGGAUAAUAAAUUGUGAUCAAAAAUGAUUUUUUUUUUUUUUUUUUUUGUUUUUAAUGAAGAUUAGUAUCUGGUAGUUGAGAAAGAAUGCCUUCUGGCUGUAAUGAGGGAGCCAUUUAUAGAAAUUGUCCUCAUGAAAUCAAUUUUUUGCAAUAUGUAGUGACUGGGAUGGACUGGAAAGAAUUUUUGCUUUGAAGGUAUUUUGGAUUGAAGAAACAUGUCUUCAUGAUAUAUUCUUUUUUUUAAAAAAAGAUAUAUUUUCCUUGAAUAUUUAAAAAUAAUUGAUUGUUACUUGUGUAGGUUCAUUGUUUUUAUAGGAAAACCUACAGAUGCCUUUUCUGUUUAUUAUACUAAUCAUUUUUUGGAUAGAAGGUGAAGUGCAUAAGGAGAGUAUUAAGAAAGAGAGGUAUGGCUGAACAACUUUUUUUUUUCUCUUAUUACUUUUGAAAUAUGAUCCCAGUCACUGCACAGAAUGCUGUACUGUCUCCUUUCUGUCACUCCAUCUGGACUUUAUUAUUUUAAACAGGGUUGUGGAGUGUUGGCAUUCACUGAUCUGUGAAGUUGCUACUGCAAAAGUAUUUUGCACCGUAGGAUGACUCAAGAAAUGUACAUGAGCUGUAAAUGCUGCUUAAAAAGAGGAAAUAUUUACAACAAACACAAAGCAUUUGUACAUUAAACUAUUUCAGUGUCCUAAUAAAAGGAAAUGUGUGGAUAACA